CGUGCACGGACAUUUUUCCCUUCCAUUUUUAUAAGCACUGCUUCGAAGUAACACUGCUAAAUAAGCAGAAUUCAUCUUGCCACUAAAGUAACUUUAUGAUGGCGAAUUCCAAAGCGAAAUAACCUGUAUUGCUUUUUUUAAAGGACAUCAUAACAUUCUGAAGGCCAACGCCAUCGAUUCGAUGUACACUUUACCUGCAAUUGGAAUUUGUGCAAGAAAAACAGAUUUUUGGCCCUCAUUGCCGCAAAUGCUCCAGACGUGCGGAGAGAAAACGCCGACAAGAUCGCUGCCGUUAACCUGUUAAGACACGACUAAUUGCAACUGGUUAAAUGGCAUUUUGUGUGCUAGGCUAGCUUGUGAGAGAUCGCGCAAGGACAUCACAAGGCGCUAAAAGACUUCUUCUGUUCAAGAGGUUUGGCAGCACAGGCUCACCGCUAACAAUGGCGACACUAGCGAGGAUCCUGACGCUGAUCCUGAUGGGUGCGCUGGGCACCGUGGCCGAGCGCUUUCUAAUUGGUCUGCAGGCCCCCCAGGCUCUCUCGAACCCAUUCAGCGUGAUGCGACUCGGGGCAGCCUUGCAGAUCGCGUUCGAUUCCCUCAACUCGAACCCCACCUUCAUGCCCAACCACACGUUCGCAUUCACGUACGCCGACUGCGCGUGCGACGCCAAGGUGUCCCUCGACUCCUUUGUGACGCAGGUGCGAGAAAAGGGCAUCAUCGCACUCCUGGGACCGGUGUGUGCCGAGGCGUCCGAGGUGAGCUUUUUCAUUCGUGUCCCCAUACUCAUGCCAUCGUGCUGCCCGCUGUGCAACUGA